CGUUAAGAAAUCAUUCAUCAACAUUUAAAACCAUCAAGAAUCAUUGAGCUUUUCUUUCAAGAACGCGAUGAAAGACCACAAAACUCUACUCCAACAAAGAGGAAUCGAAGAAGAAAAUAGAGCAAGAAAUCAGAUCACCGUCUCGCCGCCUACAAGGUCUCAAACCGUAAUCGCAAACGCAAACGCAGCUUUAACUGGUCCGUCCGAAGUCGCGUUUAACGUUUGUUGCUUAUGCGUCUAUUGUCCUCUUUGUGUUCUAUGGUGCUGCAUCAAACAGCCUUGUACAAUCGGAUGGCGAGCCAUACUAAAGGCCAGACGCCAAUUAAGUGGUUGUGGCGGCUGCGGCAGAAGCUUUAGCAGGAGGGUUUUGGCCACUGAUUAUUCGUCGUUUUCGGAUAUUGAUUCCGAUGACGUGAAUUGCAAAGCUCAUAAUUGCUCUAAAGGAAACCGGUGAUUAUAAAACUUUUAUAGAAUUUCAUAAAUUUCCCAAACUUUCCUCAUUCCUAUUCCUCCGAUCUGCGACUCGAUCGUCCUAAACGCGGACGCAAAAAGCUGGUGUUGACUUCUCUUAAUGAUGAGCUGAUGAAAAAUAUUGCGAUUAAACUCUAAAUUAUUAAUUAUCGAAAUAAUUUAAGAUGUUAUUGUGAUGGACUAAAGAUGUAUAUAUUACUUGGUUGUUAAAAAAAAGUUUAUAUUAUUUGGUGAGGAAUAAAGCUCUUUUUUUGGCAUCUGUAAGGAAUAAAGCUGUCAUGUUGUGCCUUUUCUUCUUCAGUUAUUUUAUAAAAAUAAGAAAAAAA